AUCAUGUCUUCUGGAGGUCUUCUGCUGCUGCUGGGACUCCUCACCCUCUGGGCAGAGCUGACCCCUGUCUCUGGCCAGGACCGGCCAGAGCAUUGUGAUCUUCCUGUUGAACCUGGACCAUGUGAAGCCAAAAUGCCUCGCUUCUACUACAACUCGGCUUUGAAACAUUGUCAAGAGUUUAAUUACGGUGGAUGCCGCGGCAAUGACAACAAUUUUAAGACCAAAGAUGAAUGUCACUACACCUGUGUUGCAUCACCAACGAGGAGACCCACCUGA